AUGGAACGCCUGACCCGGGUGAAAGGAGACAGCAGGUUCGACUCUCAGAGGUUCACUGUCAUCAAACAGGACAACGGCAAUCUUGUUCUCCAGAAUGAUCGUGGCCAAACUAUAAAGCGUCAUGUCACUCAGACCAAAAAGGGACUAGAAAAUGCUGUAAUCGUGUUUGAAGACACUAACAGUGCUCCGCAGGACGCAGUUAGCGUUUCAGAACAAACGGAAAAAGAAAGUUCCGAGACGCUGAAAAUACAAUACGAACCAGAGGAAAAAAAUAAGAUAUCUUCGAACUUGAUAAUUAAGUAUGAAUCCCCAUCUGAGUCGGUGGACGAAAUUAUCGCCGAAAGUUCGCCAGUGAUAACGGAGAAUUGCUCGAUUUUCACACAGCAUACUCAAUCAGGUCUCAACGAAUCAGUCGACGAUGAUACUUCCAGCAUUGAUCAACGGUGCGAAGUAGUCGCUGUUGGCGAUAUCAUACCAGAGGACAACCAUCAAUCGCGCGAAACCCCAGAGAGCUCGUACGAAUCCGUCGGCAUUGCAAAGCGAUCCGGCAAAGAAACAGAGCACUUAAUUGUCAACAAGAGCACUCAAUCCGGCGCUCGCAAAUUUUGUGGAUUAGCCGGCGAAGAGAGCCCGAUAAAAUUGGACAGAGAAAAUCAAACGGAAAUUGCCCGGUCGAGUGAAUACAUCCAAGUUCAACGAUCAAUCAAAGAGGCAGACUUCGGAGGAGGAGGUAUUGAAGGAAUUCGAGAACCUGUGGAUGAAUUGCACUCGAACUAUUACUUCUCGUCGAAUACGCUCAGAGAUCUCCUUAAAGAAACAAUUAUUGGUUCCAAGAUUCUUAAAAACUAUAACCAUGGAUUGGAACUAUCAGAAGCUAGCCAAAAGUUCGUGACAGAUGUCGUUGCCAAGCACCAUCUGUACAAAAAGAAGAAGACAACUGCAGAACAGUUGAAUAUUUAUGCGGAGGUUAUUCUUGGAAUUUUCCCGAAAGAAGCAAAGGUAUAAUGUAUUGAUAAUACCACAGUUGCAACCCAUUUUCAUUUGUAUUUUUCUACAGGCAACAUACUUC